UAAAAAGCAACAAGUCCGUGUGUUUCUACACUGGAUUGCCCUCCUAUGCCUGUCUUAUGAUGUUGUUUCCCUUUCUGAAACCAUUUGCAAAUGCAAUGAAAUAUUGGGACAACAAGAAAAAGGGACAGAGGGAAACGUAUCAGGAAGAUGAACAUGUUAACAAGCCGGGACCAAAGAGGCAGAUGCCAUUAUUUUCUGAAUUUUUAAUGGUUCUUAUAAGACUCAGGCUUGGACUGUUACAGAGUCACCUGGCAGACAUUUUUGCAAUUUCACAAAGUUCAGUUUCCAAGAUUUUUACAACUUGGAUUAAUCUUUUGUAUCAUGUAUUUAAGGAAGUUCUUAUAAUAUGGCCUGCAAAGGUUCAAAUUCAAAAGCACAUGCCUAAGAGCUUUAGUAGGUAUCCUCGGACCCGUGUAAUUAUUGACUGUACAGAGUUUUUUAUAGAGAAGUCCACUCAACCUUCAGCUCAGAAAAUUACUUGGAGUGAUUACAAGUCACAUAACACUUUCAAACUCUUGGUUGGUAUUUCACCCACUGGAGCCUUCACAUUUGUCUCUAAACUUUGGUCUGGUGGGGUCUCUGACCGAAAUAUAACUCAGAAAUCUGGACUGAUAGACAAGCUGGAACCUCUAGAUGAUGUGAUGGCUGAUAGAGGAUUCAAUAUUAGAGAUAUGGUCACAAAGAAAAAGGCCACAUUAAACAUUCCCCCCUUUGCAAAGGGGAAGUCCCUUUCAACAAAGGCAUGUACAAAAACCAGGAGAAUAGCUGCAGUUCGCAUACAUGUGGAAAGAGCAAUCCAGCGGCUCAAGUGUUUCCGAAUUUUACGUGGUGUGAUACCUAUCACCCUUGCUGCAGUUGCUGAUCAGACUGUGUUUGUAUGUGCAGCACUGUGUAACUUAAUGAAGCCUCUUGUUUCAAAGUAAAUGUCUAAAUAAUUUUCUUAUGUCUGUAUAAAUCAUAUGAUUUUUGAUCGAACUAAAAAAAAACAAUGAGCAUGUAACCCCUUACAGUAGCUACUAUACUAGGUAUAAAUGGAAUAGUUAUGCAUUUACAUAGGCUCAAUGUCACGAAAGGUUCAUAUUUGGAAGUUGAGUUUCUACAUUAUAUGUAUAUUUAUUUAUCUGUACUAUAUAACACUGUACGGUUCUGACCAUAUUUAACCUUUGGAAAAGCUAGUUCUGGUAAAAUGACCGAGUCAAAAAAUGAAUCCAGCUUAACUAGCACUGGAGACCAAAACUCUUGAUCAAACAACACUUUCUCAACAUAAAUACCACCAUCCCUGCCACAAGCAACAAAUAUGCCCCAGGGAUACGUUGUUGCAAACAUUUGUUGAUGUAGUUGAUAAAAGUAUUUAUGAUUUCUAUUAAGGGCUAUACCAUUGCUUCUUUUUAUACAAAUAUGCUGUUUCAGUAAAAUAUCUUCAAGGGUUUCCCCUGACUUCACCUGAAGAAAUUUCAUCUCAACCACACCUGGGCUAGACUCAGACUGAUCAUAUAUUAUUCUAUCUGGAGAGGCACCAAUAUGUCCAUGGGUCUUGCUAAUGACAAAUCCACACUUUUCGACUUUUAUAUCAGAAUGUCCAUUCUGUUUCAUGUAUUUUAUUAGUGCCUGUUCAAUUUCAUCCUCCUUUGCCAAGCCCUCCUUCAUGGCAGCUGUU